ACUCUUUGGGAUCUUUCAAGCAAGACCUUCCUGAUCAAGGGAAACAACUUUUGGACUGUUUUAUUGACUGUGCACAAAGCUUUCUGAGGAAUCAUGGUGUCAGCAGGCUUUCAGAUGUUGGGCACUGCCCUGUGCAUCAUCGGCUGGAUUGGGGUCAUCGUUGUCUGUGCCCUGCCCAUGUGGAAGGUCACAGCUUUCAUUGGCCAGAAUAUCGUCACCUCUCAAACCACCUGGGAGGGGAUCUGGAUGAACUGCAUUGUCCAGAGCACGGGCCAGAUGCAGUGUAAAGUGUACGACUCCAUGCUGGCUCUGAGCACUGACCUGCAGGCUGCCCGCGCCCUCACCAUCAUCUCCAUCCUGGUCGGCAUCCUGGGCAUCCUCCUGGCCCUCGCAGGGGGCAAAUGCACCAACUGUGUGGAGGACGAGAGCUCCAAAUCCAAAAUUGGCAUAGCAGCUGGCGUGAUCUUCAUCAUCUCUGGAGUUAUGUGCCUCAUCCCCGUGAGCUGGACAGCAAACACCAUCAUCUCAAACUUCUACAACCCGCUAACCAUUGGCUCCCAGAAAAGGGAAGCUGACAACAUGGUGUCUCAGGGGAUUCAGAUCAUCGGCAUUUCGAUGUCUGUGAUUGGCUGGUUCUUGGUAAUCGUCGUGUGCGCCUUGCCCAUGUGGAAGGUCACUGCUUUUAUCGGGGCCAACAUCAUUACGGCUCAGACCAUCUGGCAGGGCAUGUGGAUGAACUGUGUGGUGCAGAGCACUGGUCAGAUGCAGUGUAAGGUCUAUGACUCCAUGCUGGCUCUGGCCCCGGACCUGCAGGCUGCUCGAGCCAUGAUCAUCAUCUCCAUCCUGACUGGGAUCCUUGGACUGUGUUUGGCCAUCGCUGGAGGGAAAUGCACCAACUGCAUUGAGGACAAGCGAUCCAAGGCGAAGGCUUGCAUUGUGGCUGGAGUUUUGUUCAUCGUUUCAGGGCUGCUCUGUCUCAUCCCGGUGUCCUGGUCGGCCCACUCUACCAUCAGAAACUUCUACAGCCCAUUAGUGAUCAACGCCCAGCGGUAUGAGCUGGGAGCAGCUCUGUACAUUGGCUGGGGGGCUGCUGCUCUGUUGCUGAUGGGAGGGGGGCUACUCUGCUGGAACUGCCCACCCAAACAUGAACACCCCCACUAUGCUCCCAGAUUCACUCCUGUGAAGUCAGCGUCCACAUCCAGAGAAUACGUAUGA